UGCGCUGGAGACAACAGCCUAAUUCAUUCGGUGGGGUAUUAUAUGGAUGUAAAAAGAAAUUAUUAUAAAUUUUUGUUAAUGAUAUUUAGUGGUAGGACUUUUAUUUAAAAGCAAAAUGGAAAACGUUAAGGAAGAAGAACCACGAUCGGCAAGACGGGUACUUUGGUAUUUAGUGUUUUUUGGAUUUGCUGUAAAUUAUAUGAUUAGAAUUAAUUUAAAUAUAGCAUUAGUUUCUAUGGUAAAACAACAUCCAAGAAGUACUCAUAAAACUAGCGAGUGCAUUCAAAAGACAGAAACAAUUUCACGUUUAAUAGAUAAUGUUAAUCGAAGUAAUUCACUUGAUGAACUUUUUUCUAAUGCAAGUAUCGAGAAAGAUGUAAAACCAAAAAUCGAAUUUGAUUCGGUUCAACCAGACAUGUUUGUUUGGGAUGAAUACAUUCAAGGUUUAAUCCUUGGUGCAUACUUUUGGCUGCAUUGGACAACUCAAAUACCCGGUGGUUUACUCGCCCAGAAAUAUGGUACCAAACUUGUAUUUGGGUUAUCGAACUUUAUCGGGGUCUUAAUAUGUUUUAUGAUUCCUUUCUUUUCCAACUUGGGUUAUCAGUACUUGAUUACAUUAAGAAUAAUUCAAGGAUUCAUAACAGGUUGUGCUUGGCCUGCAAUGCAUCAUAUGACUGCUAAGUGGAUUCCACCUAAUGAAAGAAGUAAAUUUGUUACUGCAUAUUUAGGUAGUUCGAUUGGUACAGCGUUAACUUAUCCACUUUGUGGUUGGAUAAUUGAUCAUUGGGGAUGGGAAAUGGUAUUUUAUGGUAACGGAGUUUUAGGAUCACUUUGGUAUAUUUUGUGGUACCUUUACGUUUAUGAUUCUCCCUCCGAACAUCCAACAAUUUCAAAACGCGAGAAAGAAUACAUCUUGAGUAGUUUGGGAGAUAGCGUGGCAAAAGAAAAACCACCAAUUCCAUGGAAACACAUUUUAACUUCAAUGCCGAUAUGGAUGAACAUCUUGUGCCAAUUUGGAGGAAUAUGGGGAUUAUUUACUUUAAUGACACACGCACCGAUGUAUUUCAAAAUUAUUCAUGGAUGGGAUAUUAAAUCAACAGGAAUAUUAUCUGGGAUUCCCCACAUUUUAAGAGUAUUAUACGCAUUUGCAUUCUCUGAAUUAGGCGAUUUCUUAUUAAGGACCAAUAAACUAUCCAGAACGAACGUGCGAAAAUUAGCUGCUACACAAUGUUGCAUAUUGCAGGGAUUGCUGAUGUUAGGACUCGCUUAUUCCGGAUGCAACUAUACCGCAGCAAUUUUGUUCUUGAGCGCGUCUACUGCGGCAAAUGGUGCAGUCUCUACUGGGCCUUUAGCCAGUUUAGUCGAUAUUAGCCCAAACUAUGCAAGCAUAUCUUUGGGGAUGUGUAACACAGUCGUUGCUAUUGUUGGAUUUCUUACACCAGCUACAGUAAGCUACUUUACAUUCGGAAAUCAAACGGUUGGCCAAUGGCAAAAAGUAUUCUGGAUAGGAACUGCAAUGAUGUUAUCUUCCGGAUUUUUAUAUUUAAUAUUUUCUAAAUCGGAAAUUCAACCAUGGAAUAAUCCUAUUAUUAAUGAAAAAGACGAAGCUGAACAUAAAAUGCUUGAAAAAGUGUUUGUUGAUGGCCAAGAGGAAAAGAAGAGAUUGAAUGAAACUGAAAGCGAAAAGAAAUAGUUACAAUAAAUAAAAUUAAUAUUACAGUAAAAAUUAAAACUAUCUCCAGUAUUAUAUUAAC